AUUUACUCAAUUAAGUGAGAGCAUUUGACUAAAGUACACGUAUUUCUUGUGAAUAGUAGAGGUUUUGCUUCAUUCAUCUAUCAGUCAGUUUAUAUUUGCAAGAGUGACAUAUAGUUGGAGAAGAAACACUUCCGAUUAAGAAAAAUGAAAGUGUUGCUACUUUUUGCCUCACUGUUGAUGGUGUGUGUAGCUGCUGUACCCAAGCCUGAUGAAGUAUUAAAACAUAAUCCCUUGGAACAUGAUUCCAAGCAUGUAGAUCAUUUGGCAAAUGGUCAUCAUAAUGCACAAUACGACCAUGAACAAUUCUUGGGAGAAGAUGAAGCUAAAACAUUUGAUCAACUACCUCCGGAAGAAAGCAAACGACGUCUGGGACUUAUAGUAGACAGAAUAGAUGAGGACAAAGAUGGGUUUGUUAAUUUGUCAGAGUUGAAGAGAUGGAUUGAAUACACACAAAGGAGAUAUAUUGAUGAAGACGUAGAUCGUCAAUGGCGUCAACAUAAUCCAGAUGGCAACGAAACCAUCUCAUGGGAAUCCUACCGGCGCGAAGUAUAUGGAUUUAUGGAUGCACUUACCAAAGAGGAACAAGAAUAUGAAGAAAAUGGCAUCUCAUAUAAGAGUAUGCAGACUCGUGACCGACGACGUUGGGGAGUUGCAGAUAAAAAUUUGGACGAUGCUCUUACCAAGCAAGAAUUCACUAACUUCCUACACCCCGUCGACAGCCCUGUAAUGGCUGACGUUGUUUUAACAGAAACCAUAGAGGACAUUGAUAAAAAUAAGGACGGUAAAAUUUCUGUUGAGGAAUACAUUGGCGAUAUGUACACCCCCUUGGCAGAGGGUGAGGAAGAACCUGAAUGGGUUAUAAGUGAAAGAGAGACAUUUGCCAAAUUCAGAGAUACUAAUGGCGAUGGUUUCCUAGAUCGCGAAGAGGUUCGUACUUGGAUUGUACCCAAAGACUUUGAUCAUGCAGAAACUGAAGCCAAACAUUUGAUAUUUGAAGCUGACAAUGAUUCUGACGAACUAUUGACAAAAGCUGAAAUUCUCGAUAAAUACGAUGUUUUCAUUGGUUCAAAAGCUACAGACUUCGGGGAAGCUCUUGGACGGCAUGAUGAAUUCUAAUUCUUCAAGCUGCUACUUGGCUAAGUUGGUUUUUUCCUCGAGUAUCUACGCCAGUUUGAUACUUUUACUAAUUCAUGCUCAUCAUUUUGUAAGAAACAUUCGCCAAUACUCCGCUUUACAUACAUAUACGUGCUUUACUUAAAUUACAAAUUUUAGUUUAUACCUAUAUAGAGAUUAUUUUGACUCGAAUUCAUUGUUUCUUUUUGUCUACAUAACAUUGUCAUAACAUUUUGUGUUCCAAAGUGUGAACUAAUUCCAAAUGUAUGUUUAAACCAUACAUAAAUGUAACAAUUUUCCAUUAUAUUCUUUCCAAUUAUUCUUUUAUGUAUGUAUAAUGCCAAGAAUCUCCUAGUUAAAUAUACCAAAUAACAAUAACAAACUUUUAAACUAACGGACAAAUUUCUAUUAAGUAGUUUUUAAGGACAUUUUUGUAACGUCGAGUGGAUGUAGUAUGUAUGUUGUCAUUUAUUGAUGCAUUUAUUAAUUGAAAUAGAACACAUUCUAUUUUUAGAAAAUCAAAAUAAGAAA